GAGCCGGUUUGGGGUCAUGCAACAAGUAUAAAUGCACAUUGAUGAGCAGAGGGAGACAGGCUGGCGAAGGCGAAAGAAGUGGAUGUUUUGAGGGGAGCAGGAGAGGACUGUGUGCAGGAGAUGUCUCUGUGGAUGAUAUUACCCGUCAGCCUCCCAGCUCUCACCAUCACUGGAAUAUGGGUCGUGUAUGCCAUGGCCUUGUACAACCAGCAUGUCUGUCCUGUGGACAACUGGAUGUAUAACCAGUCAUGUGAGGUGGAUCUGCCAUUGCAGAGGGGACCGACCAUGUGCUGUACUCUGGACAAUGUUCCUCUUAUAAGUAAAUGUGGCACACUUCCUCCAGAGAGCUGCUUCUUCAGUCUCAUCUGCAGCACUGGAUCCUUUAUGGUGAUGGUGAUAGUGUUGUUACGCUAUGCCCAUGUGAUAGAGAAGCACCAGAACUGUGUGUUAAACACAGCAAGUCUCUCCACCGGCUGGAUCUGUGCUGCAGGUCUCAUCAUGGUCGGCAACUUCCAGGUGGAUAACGCUAAGGUUCUUCACUAUGUUGGAGCAGGGGUAGCCUUCCCCACCAGUAUGCUGUUUGUGUGUCUUCAGUCUGCGCUGACUUACCGUCUGGCCAAGACUCAGGGAGAAUAUAAUAUGGGUCAUUUGCGUCUCUUUAUGACCCUGCUGGCCUUUGUGGCCCUGGUGCUCAGCGGGGUGUUUUUUGUCCAGGAGAGUUUUGUCCUGCAACAUGCAUCGGCCAUUUUCGAGUGGGUGUUCUGUGUCAUUAUUAUGCUGUUCUACGGCACGUUCGCUUUUGAAUUCGCCGGGAUAUCUAGUGACACGAUGAUGGUGCUGGCCCAAGGGCAAUCUCUACAGUCCGUAAGCCGAGACCACAAGAUGGAGUCUCUCGCUGGGGGCAGCCAGCACCAGCCUGAGAGCCUGUCCAUGCUGUAACCUCAGUGUCCCGUAUCUCUCUCAACACUACGAAAAAAAACACUGUAACCGAAGAGGGAAAGUUACAGAAACUGGACGUGGCUCUCGUACACCUUUGCCAAAGGAACCAGCUCAGAUUUUGCACAUUUUUGAGAGACUUCUUCGCUCUGGGGGGACCUUUUGAAUCGCACAGCUUCCAAGCUGGAAACAACAAAGAUCAUUGCCUGGAUGUAUUGGAGUUUCCAUUAGAUCUUAUUGGGAUUUUUAAGUAUCUGCGUUACUUGGAUAAAGAGACUACAGACUGCUAGUUGGCAAAAUUACACGUCCAUUGGUGAAACCAGAGGACCGCUACGUCAAUGGUGUAGUAAACUAAACCCGAAGCCUUUUGCAACUGUCAGCACUCAAGCAUUUUAACGUAGUGCCUCAAAACAAAUGUUAUUGUGCCAAUUCCAUACAGUGCAAGGCAGUGGAUCCCAAAAUGCUGAUGUUUUCCGUGCCUUUAGUUUUUUUCCAAAGUCAGAGAUGGUUAAAUAACAUUUUAUUGUCACUUAUAUCUGCUGUCUGCUAACCGAUCAAGGUGUUUCAUUUUGCCUUAAUCGCCAUAUGCUGUCUGAAAUGUAUUUUCCAGGAGCUUGUCAUUACCGAUGUGCCUUAAACCAAAAACCAAAUACUGAUAUUUAAUAGAGAUCUAUGUCCAUAGUCUAGGCGUGUAUUUUUUUUGAUACGUAGCAAAUAUUAUGCUGGUUGUAAACAACUAAGCUGAACGAGAUCAGCAAAAACCUCUCGUGAAACAGGAGCAUAAGCUUAUCACAUUAAGUCGCCAGUAGUUGGUGCCAUUCCAGAUGUCAUGUUAGAGUCUAUGAGUAUUGUACAUUGUGACCAAAUGUAAUUGAGAAGAGAGCUUGUCCUGAGGUCGGUGUGAUCAUAGGUUUCCCUCUUUCUGUCACUGUGGGAAUUGUUGUGUGUGUUGGGGGUUUAUGGGAGUUGGUUAAAAGGAAGCGUCUUGAAACAUGAAGCCGCCCUUUAAUGUUAAGGGUGACUAGUUUAGGUGUUCUUAAGUUUUUGUCAGCUGUUUUUGCAGACAAAAUGAUUUGCAGCAGGACUGCAAGGUCAUAAUUGGUUUUGUUUUGAAAAACAGAUGCAAUUUGGUUUACAGUGGUCAAAUGUUUUCACACUACCAGCAUGAAAAAAAAAUCACAUUGUUCCUCAGCUAAUAUCAAAGUUUUGUCAAGAGUUUUGUCAUUUUAUUUGUCAGGAUCAGAGCCAUAUUUAUACUACGAGUGCCGUCCUGAAAACAUCUUUCGCGCCAUUUCAGUUUACUAAUUCUCUUCGCUCAGGAAUUUCAGAUGUCUUUGCUGUCACAUAUCUUCUCUCUGCAUUCAAGACUGCAUCAAUCCACCAGAUAUAAGUGAAAAAUGUGCCAUUUCCAUUACUUGUUCAGAACAUUUCCUUUAUAGAGAGCUUUAUUUUGCUUCAAAUACAUCUUGUAAUACUGUUAAACCCAUAAUUUGGUUUAAUUUGUUGUUUAAACCAUUUUCUCCUAAAUAUUUAUUAUAUUGCUUAAAGUAAUCGUUAAUAAAAAAAACAACUAUAUGCUAUCUUUCAUUAUGUUUCAAAUCCAAAUGCUGUCAUGUUUCCUGUGGAAGUCAAAAUAAGAAAUUUGAAGAAUUGCUGUGCAGCUCUAUUCCUCACAAGACCACCAUAAGUAUCUCACGAGACAUUUCAGUUGUUCCAUGUGUCAUUUCAUUGAUAAUGUUACCCUUUGAUA